CAUAUAUUUCUCUUACAAGAGAUCUAAUCUCAUUUAAUUGUUUUCAAUUUUGCCCCCCAGUUUUUCCACUAUCACACCCGCAUUGGUUGGAACUCGGGAUCCAGAUCUAGAGUUUCAUCUGUGCGUUUCAUUCGGUUUCGAGCUGAAUUUUGUGAAGGAAGUUCGGUUUUGUUCGUGGUGGUGAGAUCUGGCAUUUUUGGUGGAUUUUUCGGGCUUGAUUUUUAGGUUGGUCGUGGAAAAUAUCUGGGUCUGCUCAAAAUGCCUGUGAAACUGCAGCAAUCAUCAUUUCGAGAUCGGACACCAGAGUUUCUUAAUGUGGCGGAGAGGCUGAAGAAGUCAUUCUCGUCAACUCAGAAUGGGGCAAAUAGUGCUUCAAAAGCAGAGGAACAGCGCUUUGCGGUUGCAAUGCAGUCAGAGUUUAACAAAAGAGCUUCAAAGAUUGGGUUUGGAAUACAUCAAGCAUCGCAGAAGCUUUCAAAGCUUGCAAAAUUGGCUAAAAGGACUUCAGUUUUUGAUGAUCCCACCAUGGAAAUCCAAGAGAUGACUGCAGUUAUAAAGCAGGAUAUUACUGCUCUGAACUCGGCAGUAGUAGAUCUUCAGCUUCUCAGCAACUCCAGAAAUGAAAGUGGGAAUAUCUCCAGCGACACCACCAGUCAUUCGACCACGGUUGUUGAUGACCUGAAAAACCGCUUGAUGAGCACCACAAAGGAGUUCAAAGAAGUUCUCACUAUGCGAACAGAGAACUUGAAGGUUCAUGAGAACAGAAGACAGUUGUUUUCCACUGCUUCAAAAGAUUCUACAAAUCCUUUUGUUCGUCAACGUCCAUUGGCUACCAGGUCUGCUGCUAGUGCCUCAGCAAGCCCUCCUCCAUGGGCUAAUGGAUCUCCAUCUUCGUCCCAGUUAUUUCCCAGGAAGCAGAUUGAUGGAGAGAGUCAGCCACUGAUACAGCAGCAGCAGCAACAGCAACAGCAACAACAGCAGUUGGUUCCAUUACAAGAUAGUUACAUGCAGAGCAGAGCAGAAGCUCUUCAAAAUGUGGAGUCUACAAUUCAUGAGUUGAGCAGCAUCUUCAACCAGCUGGCAACACUGGUUUCUCAGCAAGGCGAACUUGCUAUCAGAAUCGAUGAGAACAUGGAUGACACGCUGGCGAACGUGGAAGGGGCGCAAGGGGCUUUGCUCAAGUAUCUCCACAGCAUAUCAUCUAAUAGGUGGUUGAUGAUCAAAAUAUUCUUUGUAUUGAUUUUUUUCCUCAUGGUUUUCCUAUUUUUUGUGGCAUAAUUCAUGGUGGAAACUGAGAUAUAAAAAUGAAAAUGAGAGAAAAUGAGAAAUCCUUUUACGGGUAUACACCAAUUAUUCUUUUGUGCCCCCUUCCUUCCUUGGAGUGAGUAUUCGUGCACGUUCAAAUGAGAUUAUUGUGCAGUUUGCCUUUUGUUGUAUAAGCAUGUCCCUGUAAUUGUAAGAGCUGUUCAAACCGGUGAAAUAUCAUAUUUAUUAUUUUCCUCA